GUGGCUGUAGAGUAGUGAAGAGUCGUAGAGCUUGGUGAAGUUCUGAAGGGUUUUUGAAAGAGGCAUUUGAUUUGGUUGUAGUCUUGGGUGAUCACUCUUCAUGGCUAUGAAGGAGUUUUGUGUUUGGAAAGGGCUCAUUUUAGUCUUUUUUCUCUUUGCUGUUGAUGGACAGACAUCAGGACCCUCUUUCUUGGUGACGUUUUCUGCAGUGAUCGAGUCCUGCUCUGAUGCCAAAUUGUGUGCCAGUCUCUUAAAACCCAAUGAGAGUCUUACAAUGACCAUCUCAAAACGUCCUUUCUGUUUUAACAUGAUUCCUCAAAUGAUCGAGUCCCGCUCUGAUGCCAAAUUGUGUGCCAGUCUCUUAAAACCCAAUGAGAGUCUUACAAUGACCGGAUACAACACUGGUUUACCUCUGCAUGACAAUCAUAAUAGCCGGAUUGGUCAGUGGACAGAUGUUUCCUCAACGGGGUGGAUAUUGGAGCUUUCUCACCAGUUAAACCCUGAGGCUCAGGUCGGGAUGUGCACACUGAGGGCUUCUAUUGGUGACCGGAUGAUCUCUCAGGUUUUUGAGGUGAAAAAGUAUGUUUUACCCAAGUUUGAUGUCAUCUUGACUACACCACUGACGUAUAGUGUGGCAGAUGUGGGACUGAAAGUUGAGGCUUGUGCCAAAUACACAUAUGGGCAACCUGUACCUGGUCAAGCGUUGGUGGAAGUGUGCCGUGAGCCGUUCUCGUACAACGUGGUACCUGGCCUGUCUCGUGUGUGUCUUAUCAAAACUGUUAUGUUGAACAUCACGGGUUGUGCUUCCCGUACCAUCAGUAUGUCAGAGUUUUUCGGCACCAAAUUUGAAGAUGACAUGCAAAAUUCAUUUCUUGUUAACGUGAACGUCACUGAGGAGGGAACAGAUGUAAUGAUAUCAAAAUCCACAACUGUGUCCAUUACGUUUCAAGUUGGCAUGGUCUCGUUUUUGGAACUCCCAGAUUUCUUUAACUAUGGAUCAAUGAUGAACGGAGAGAUCUCCGUAUCUUAUUUCAAUGGGACUCCAAUUGCAAGCAAGGCAGUCUAUCUCUUGGAUGGUAGCCAGUGGCCCAACAAACUGCUGCUGAAUCUGACUACAAACAUGAAUGGACUGGCCGCUUUCUCCCUGAACACUGCUGAUUUCCCUAAAGCUGAUCUGAAUCUGAUGGCAAGUGCAACUUCACGGGAUUUUUAUGGUUAUAAAUCGCCCUACUUCAGUAGUGCUACGAGGACUGUGCCGCUUUUCCAAACUGCUACUCCCAACAACCCAAUGUUUAGUAAACUGACUGUAAUGAAGCUUGAGCGGCCACUGAAAUGUGGUGCCAGGUAUCCAGUGACAAUCCAGUAUUCUUUUGUUGGAGAAACUGGUGACUACAGUGCUGACAUGAUCUAUAUGGUCUUGUCCAGAGGGGUGAUUGUUCUGCAUGGAUUUCAGAAGGUCCAAGUGAGGGCUUUAAAUGCACUAAGUGGCACGGUGUCAUUUGAGCUGUCUGUCAGUCUUGAUAUGGCUCCAGUAGUGCAGAUUCUGGCCUUCUGUGUUUUGCCCAGUGAGAACGUAGUUGCUGCUAGUGCAGAUUUUGACACUGAAAUGUGUUUCCAAAACCGGGUGUCUCUGCAGUUUUCUCCACCUACGGCUGUUCCUAGUGAGGGAAAUGUUUUGACGGUCUCUGCUCAAGCAGGAUCCCUGUGUGGCCUCAGCGCGGUUGAUCAGAGCGUCCGGAUCAUGGAGCCAGGAAGACGUUUGAGCGCUGAAGCGGUGUUCAACUUGCUCCCAGUGCGCUCUCGAUUACAUUAUCCAUUUCCUGUUGAGGAUGAACAGGAGUGCCUGAAUGUUCGACCCCGUCGAGCUGUUCCUACAGAUGAAGCUUACGAAGUUUUCAAGAGUGUGGGGAUGAAGGUCGCAACCAAUCUGGCUGUCCAAGAACCUAACUGCCUGACGUACAAAGGCCGCCUGUAUUACUAUAGCAACUUCCGUCAUGCCUAUUCAAUGGGCGCUGGACGAGGUGAGGGCGCUGGACGAGGUGAGGGCGCUGGACAAGGUGAGGGCGGGGGAGCUGGAGGCGGGGAUGCUGGAAGCUCCCCUUUUGACGUGACCGUCAGGACUUACUUUCCAGAAACAUGGAUCUGGCAGCUUGCUCAAGUGGGAAACACUGGAUCCACACAAGUUACUCUGAAGGUUCCUGACACAAUCACCACAUGGGAGACGGAGGCGUUCUGCCUGUCCUCCAGAGGUUUCGGUUUGGCUCCUCCUGUUCAGCUGACGGUCUUCCAACCCUUCUUCCUGGAGCUCUCCCUGCCUUACUCCAUCAUCCGUGGAGAGUCUUUUGAGCUGAAGGCCACAGUCUUCAACUAUCUGUCCAAGUGCAUCAUGGUUAAAGUGACUCCAGCUUCUUCCUUGGACUUCAGUCUUAGACCUUUCAAUGAGCCGUAUUCAUCCUGUCUCUGUGCCAAUGGGAGAAAGACCUUUAAAUGGAUUCUCUCAGCUUCUGUUCUCGGAUCUGUAAAUGUGACCGUCAGCGCUCAGGCUGAACAAUCCCAGGUUCGAUGUGGCACUGAAGUUGUGACUGUGCCGGUGAGAGGACGCAUUGACAUAGUUACUCAAAGUCUUCUUGUUCUGCCUGAGGGAGUUGAAAGGAUCUUCACCCAGAGUUGGUUAUUGUGUCCAAAGGGAAGUGUUCUUUCAGAAGACGCAUCUCUGAUGUUUCCAACAAAUGUGAUCCAGGGAUCAACCAAAUGCUCCGUUUCAGUCCUUGGGGACAUAAUGGGUCGUGCGCUAAAGAAUCUUAAUGACUUACUACGGAUGCCAUCUGGCUGUGGAGAACAAAAUAUGAUCGUUCUUGCUCCCAAUAUUUACAUCCUACAGUACCUGGAGUUCACUGCGCAGCUCACCCCAACCAUCCGACAGACUGCCAUCGGUUACCUUCAGAGCGGUGCAGAUUGCCAAAUCCUACAAGUCCUACUCAGUGGAGUGAAUCUUGACAGAUGUUUAUGGAUCAACUGUAAAAUGGACCCGCAUAAAAUCUUCAUUGAUCCCAGUGUCCUCCAGAGCGCAAAGGAUUGGUUGAUCAGCAAGCAGGAUUCAGAUGGCUGUUUCAUGCAACUGGGAACUCUGUACCACAAUGCCAUUAAGGGUGGUGUUGGUGAUAACGUGACCAUGACAGGCUACGUUGUUGCGUCGCUGCUUGAACUAGAUGUUCUUGUCACGGAUCCCAUCAUUACCAAUGCUCUGUCUUGCUUGAGGCCUGUCGUUGGGAACCUGGGAAACACUUACGCCACGGCUCUGCUUGCCUACACCUUCAGUCUGGCUGGAGAGACCAGCACUCGAGCACAGCUUUUAAAUGCCUUGGACAAUGUUGCCAUUUCUGAAGACAAUAAGCUCCACUGGUCUCAGACUCCAUCUGGUGAUACUCUGGCGGUGGAGAUCAGCUCAUAUGUGCUGCUGGCCGUUCUCUCUGUACAGCCUCUCACGACCGCUAAUCUGGGCUAUGCUAACCGCAUUGUCAACUGGCUUGUGACCCAGCAGAAUCCUUAUGGAGGCUUUUCUUCCACCCAGGACACUGUCGUGGCUCUUCAUGCUCUGUCUCUGCUCGCUGCUCAAGUGUUCAGCCUGGAGGGCUCCAGCACCGUUACUGUACAGUCGUCGUCUGUAGCAGAAGAGGUUUAUAAUUUCGAUGUGAAUCGGGACAACCGGCUGCUGUAUCAGCAGAAGCCGCUGAAGAACGUUCCUGGCAGAUAUAGUGUUAGAGCGAAGGGGUCUACCUGUGUGUCUGUGCAGGUUGCAUGUUUCUACAACAUCCCGACACCCAUUAAAGCUUCCAGAACCCUUCACGUUGACGUGAAGGUGGCAAGAGACUGCAAAGUGCGUGGAGCCGAUCUCAUGUUGAACAUCACUGUGACGUACAAUGGUGCAAAACCAACUACUAACAUGGUUAUCGUGAACAUUAAACUCCUGUCGGGUUUCACAGCAGAUACGUCACUGAUUGGAUCUCCACCAGAUUCAUUUGCUCCACUAGUGCAGCGGGUUGAUUCUGGAAAUGACCAUGUGCUUGUGUAUCUGAAAGAGGUUCCCAAGGGCAUCCCCAUGACCUACAGGCUACAACUGAAACCGGUUCUUGUAGUGCAGAAUCUCAAGCCAGCGGUCGUUGAGGUUUAUGACUACUAUCAGCCAAGUGAUGAGUUUGAGACCACAUAUAUGGCUCCCUGUCCAUGAUUGUUUCACUUCUGGCUAUUGGAUGCAUGAAUGAAAUAAAC